UAUCAAAGUGACAACAACAGACCUGAGCGUGACCUUGACCCAUGAGGUCAUGACUCUGACUCUCUGUUCGCAGGAGUGUUACUCAUUGUCACGUACAUACUCCGCUGUCAGCAACACGACAUGUUUUUGCUUUGAUACAGUUCCCAGUCACGUGACGCUCGACUGGUCGUCAUGUGACGUACGAUGUCCUGGUCACACGUUUCAGCCGUGCGGUGGCGCGUCCGCAGAUCCAGAAAAGACGGUCAUUUUCGUCACAGGAGGAGGGUCGCCCCCACCUCCGGCAGAGGGCUGUGAAGAGCUUGAGUUACAGGGCCUCACAAACGAUACGUUCAUUACAUCACAUGGUGAAGUGACGUGCACAAUAAGUAAUGGAGUUCAGUGCCCGUUCUCCUGGGUCAACAUCGAUGGUCACUGCUAUAAGUUCAUGGUCGGCAGAGCCGCCAACCCUUCAGCAUCAUGUAGCAAACUGGGAGGCUAUGUAAUCUCACUGACAGAUGAGCACGAACUUGCUCAGAUCCGAGAUGUGAUCAACAGGGCUUCAACUCUGCGUUACUUGGACUGGUGGUUGACGGGGCUAGUAGACAACGACAUGAACAGCGUGUACCGCUGGAGUAACGGCCAGGUCUUCAACUCAUCAGCGUUUGAAAUCUCCGUGACCAAUGACAUGAGCUUCUUCGCGUUCAAAGGGACGGCAGCACCCCGAAACUGUCCACAGCAAAGCCCCAGCAAGACACCCUUCAUUUGUGAGAAGGGCGAAGAUUACGUGGGUUGUUUCGACGUACCGACUGAGGCGGCCAUCUUGGAUAACUAUGACGAUAUGACCAUACCAGUCUGUGUUGAGCUCUGUAGGGGUCAAGGUCAAAGCUAUGCCCUGCUUAACGUCACAUCCUGUUGGUGUAGCAACAACAUCUCCACGGCGAUAGCCAUAUCGCCAGCAUCGUGUACAUCUUUCUGUCUGACUGACAAGGGCCAGCCGUGUGGAGGACCCGCGCAUGUGUCCGCCUACAGUGUCGCCGCUUUUCCCGAGUAUGCCAAAUCCUGCAGCGACUUCUUCAACCAGGGCAUCAUGGUGCCGGGGACCUACGUCGUGGACGGAACACCGGUCCAUUGUAUUAUGUCAGACAACUCCACCUGUCCCACCAGCCCAAACACGUCCUUCACAGGGGUGGGUCACGCAGGAUACUGUGCUUUGUUUGGGUUCGAGUAUAAGCAUUCGGAUGACGCCAUGGCGAUUUGUCGCAGCUGGGGCGGUGUCUUGGCGUCCAUGAGGGACACGGAGGAGUUGAACUUCCUUCGACAAGCGAUCAAGUAUUCCAAAACUUUAAUGACAAGUAAAUAUGUGAUGGUUGGUGCUCGCGAUGAAUUUCAAAAUGGACUAUUUUCUUGGGCGGACGGAUCACUGAUAAAGCAGGAGUUAGCUACUCUGGGCACAGACUUCACGGCUGGCACUGGAACGGUCAAAAUGAGAACUGGGACUGAUGUGUUGAAGAUAGCGAAUGCUGAUGACAUCAAACGCUUCCUUUGCACAACAGAGAAAGGCAUGUAUUGAAAUAUU